UUAAUAUAGUACACAUAAUUAUUUCAGUUGAUUAAAAAAAAAUACAAAAUCUAAUUAUUUAAAUACAUUAGAAAUUAUUUUUAAUUAAGUCAAACAGAAUAAAAUUUUCUUCAUAAAUAUACAUUUGAAAGAUUAUUAAUUGAACAGAAUAUUAAUAAAAAAACUGAAAUAUAAAAAUACAUACACAACAUAUAUUAAUAAAACAAUGGGCAAUCUCAAUGCAUACUGUACAUCUACCUCAAAAAAAAAGUUCUCAUACUCAUGUUGUAGUUGCAUUUUUUUUGCAUUUUGUUUACUAAUGUGUGUAUGUAAUACAUAUUUGAAAUGUCAUUGCAAUGAAGAUUGCAUUAGCCAAGCAGCUGAUUGACUUUCGCCGGAUUUAUUGUUUUGCAAUAAAAGGAAAAAGAAAAUCCAGAGGCAAUAAGGGCCUAAUUCCACACACAAUAAUUUCCCUCCUAAUCCACUCACAAACAGAUUUGAUUUAGUAAAAAUUCGGGACUAAUGAGCAUGAUAUUACAAAGUGACUCACAUCAACCACAUUAUAUUUAUUCUGCUUCUAUUGCUGGAUUUGAAUACAAAUUAAACAUAAAAUGUGCUGAGGAUUGUGUUCAGGCUUUAGUCGAAACGAUGAAAAUCACUUGCUGAAGUAUUACAUUGCAUAAACUCCAUUAAAAUAGCUAUUCCAUUCACUCCUAUUGUUAAAACUUCACGUGACCAAUGCUAAGCGUUUGAUUCGCCCCAGGAUAAACGGGCAAAAAAAAAAAAAAAAAAGGAUAUGAACCAUUGAUGUCUUCUGACGAAUGAGAACAAAAUACUUGUGAUACAAGGUCAUUACAGUGGCCAACAAAUGUCAUCUCUUGUUGUCCUUGUCUCUUGUGAAAUAUUAUUCUUGUUAAAUGCUGUACAUUGGACAAGGUCACGACCUCCUCCAUUGCUUUAGAAUGUUCUGCAGAACCCUCUUUUCACAUAAAUGUUCCAUAAAAUAAUACAUAUUUUGGGGGCUACUUGAAACACACCAUUAAUGCAACACAGUGGAUAUUAAAAAAGUCUACACACCCUUGUUUAAAUGGCAGAUUUUGAUAUUUAAAAAAAAAUAUAUAUACACCAAGACAAAUCAUUUCACAAUUUUACCACCAUAACUGUGACCUACAACCUGUACAACUCAAUUAGAAUAUUGAAGAAAUCUUUUGGAAAGUUAAAAAAAAAAAAAAAAAAAAAAAUGUAAUGUGGUUGCACCCUCUUAUGAGACAGCUGUAUUCAGAAUUAACCAAACACAUUCAAGCUCAUGUUAAAUGGGAGUCAGCACACACUUGCCACCAUUUAAAGCGCCUCUGAUGAGCCCAAAAUACAUUUGUGCUGUUUUAGUAGGCUUUCCUGACAUUUGUUUUGCUUUCAAGCAGAACCUUGAAAGAUUUGCGUUAACACUGACUCCUGUUUGGAACUGAUCAUAAUUCCUUCCACCUUGACUAAGGCCCCAGUUCCAGUUGAAGAAAACAUGCCCCAAAUCAUAAUGCUGCCAUUAUAGUGCUUCACUGUAUGUAAAGGUUUCUUUUGGUGAUAACUUGUGUUGUUUUUAUCAAAAUCUCCCAAAUGUGUGUACAAAAAUGCUAUGGUCUGAUGAAACCAACGUUGAAGUGUUUGGCCUUAAUUCCAAAAGGCGUGUUUGGCUCAGACUCAACACUGCUCAUCACCAGAAGAACACCUCACCUAUAGUCAAGCGUGGUCGUGGAAGCAUCAUGAUCGGGUUCUGCGUUUCUUCAACUGGAACUGGCACCUUGGACAAGUUGGAAGGAAUUAUGAACGGUUCCGUAUCGCAGUUAGUCUGGCGAAGCCUACUAGAACAUCUGAAAUGUAUUUUGGGUUAAUCAGAGGCGUUUUAAAUGGUGGCAGGUGUGUGCUGACUCCUACUUAACCUGCGUUUGAAUCUUCUUUGAAUGUUAAUGCUGAACACAGCCGCAUCCCAGUCAAGAGGGUGUGCACACUUGUGCAAGAAAGUGUUAGUCGGAGUUUAGGUCAUUAUGCAAGCCCUGACCCCCAGCCGCACCCUAAGCCGUCAGUUAGUUAAGUGGCUGUAGGUGACCUUUAGGCCGCUCACCUCUCGACGCCUCAGCGAUGAAUAUGAUUCUUUGUUGACUAAGAAGUAAACAUUAUGCCCCUGGGGCUAGGAAUUAGCACACACACACAUGCACAUUACACAUGCAGCUCGCACAGAGCAUACGAAAGAGUGAAUGGGGUGUAUUAUACACCUACGAAGCGAGGGGUGGUCAAAGUCUGACAAUCCCAAGAUUAUGGCAUUAUGAUAGAUUAUAGAAUCACUCUCUAAUGGCCGUCAUUCAGUUUGUAAUCUCAGCAGCAGCUCUGUGGAGAGAGCGAGAGAGACAAAAAAAAAAAAAAAAAAAGGACCGAGCAUUUCAGCCCAUAAGAAAAUGAGCCGUCUUAUGACAAGUCAGCUGUUGGCGACAUCACAGAUGCUGGAUCAUAUGUCAGAAACCUUUGCUACCUGGGGUGGGUAGGGGGCACUUGAGGAUAAAGCACCCCCCGCUUUUAGGGCAGGAGCAUCUGACCCUUUUGUGAGGUUCUGCGACAUCAUCUUGACAAGACAGUGAGCAUUUGUGCAAGUGGGCUUCUGUUUUUGAUCAGGGGCACUUUGAAUGUGUGCUUUAUUUCAAGGCAAUAGCGCCAUCUAAGCACAACUCUUGGCCUUACAGGUUCGGCUCGACAGGAAAGUCUUGCCGAACUAACUGGUUUGGAUGCUGUGUGGAGCUCCAUUUUAUGAAAACGUAUCAUUUUAUUGUUUAGGCCUAGUUCGGAUUAUGUAUGUAUGUGUCUAAAUGUAAAUGCAGUAAAUUAUGAAUAUCUGUUCCUGAUAGACCUGAUUUGCUGCUGGAAAUUGUAAUGAGCUGGCAUGCAGUUCUGAAAACGACUACAAUAUUAAAUAAUAUUAUUAUUAAAGAUUGUGAUUUAUCAAAUUCAUUUGAAAUUAAGUUUCAUCCAUGGUCAAAGGCAAGAUUAGAGGGAAUAUUAAGUUUCAGAAGGCACAAAUGGAAAUAUUUGUUCCAGAUUUAGAGAAAAUGAUGAAAAUAUCAAAUCUUAUCAGAAUCAUUAUUACAUUAAUUUGAUAUUAAGCUUGGCCCAAGAUCAAAUGUAAUUUUUUUUCUAAUAAAAGUAAACGUUUCAGUAUCAAUAAGUGGACAUAUUGUACCAAAUUCAGUGAAAAUGAAUAAAUUAACUUAUUUACAGUUAUGAUUAGUAAUCAAGUUUCACCCAAGGUAAAAUGCAGGCUACAUUUUUAAGUACAAUUGGAUAUUCCAAUAUCAACAAAUGGAAAUUGUAUUUCUGAAUUUGGUGACAAUUACGAAAGUAUGAAAUAUUAUUAGAUUAAUUUUAAAUUAAGUUUUGCCCAUGGUCAAAGUUAUGUUUUUGUAUUACAUUUUGACAUUUUGGUUUCAACAAAUGGAAAUAUUUAUUUCUGAAUUCAUUAACAAUUACUCAAUUGUCAAAUAUUAUUCACAGUUAUUGCUGUUAAUUAUCUCAUAACUGAGUUUGGCUGAAGUUACUUUUUAAAGUAACGUUUGGUGUUCCACUGUCAGCGAAUCGAAGAGCAAUAUUUGGUCCUGAAUUCAAUGAAAAUGACUAAAAUAUCAAAUAUUCUUUCCAAUGAUGACUAUUAUUACAUUAUUUCGAAAUUAAGUUUUGCCCAAGAUCAUAUCUAAGUUUUCAUGAAAAAUGUAAUGUUUUUUUUACAUCAAUGUGUGGAAAUAUUUGGUGCUGAAUUCAGUGAAAAUAACAAAUGAAAGAGUCCUCGCUUUUGCUUCAAAAUUUAUUGUGCUCAUAUUAUCUUAUUGUUAUUUUGAUGUAUUUUGUCAGUAACCAUAUCGCAUUGAUUUUCUAUUUCUAUGAUUAUGACACCUUUUUUUCCCCCUUUUUAAACUAUUUGGUCUUUGGGAGACUGAUUUUCCGAGGUUCCCUGAAGGCAGCCCUGGGUCGCCGUGGCAACACGUCGCAAACGCAGCACUGCGAUGCUCUGCUGGAGUCUGCGCACCUUAUUACGUCUUCAUUCGGUGUCAUAUUUUUUAAAUUGACAUAUUGUAAUGAUGGAAGAAGAUAAGAUGGCUGAGGAGGCGUGUGAAAAGUUGGAUUUUUCUGCAAAUAAAGGCGCCGAAACCGGAGCGUCCACGCUGCCUCGUGGAGAAGAACAACAAGCAAAGUCGUGCAGCCCUGGGAGAAUUUCCAAGCUGGAGAGAGAUUUGCUGGCAGUAGUAACUGACAUCCAAGCUGCAGCUGACGCCAAAGAAUCCAAACGAAGGGAAGAGCUGGAGGAAGCUCGCAGGAUACGGUACAUUUUUAUCUUCCCAGUAGAUCUUCCCAAUUUCUCAUUCUGCCCUUCUCGACUCAGCUCCGAGCUCCUGGAGAAGGACGUCAAGUCCAGCCAGGAGAAGUUUGAGGAGAUCACUGCCAGGUGGGCUUUGGCCGAGCAGGUGGUCGUCCCUCAGGAGCUGCAAGAAACCUUAAAGUGGCAACAGCUCUUGUGCGCGGAACUUAUCGAGGACAAGAGGAAAGUCAUCAAAGACCUGCAGCAGGAAUUGAAGCGUGCAGAUCAUCGUUACGUGAAAGACUUGAGGAGGCAGGCGGAGGAGUUGGAUCUGAUGAUGCGACGCUCUGAAGAGGUCAUCGCUACUCUGACGCAGGCCUACAGGGAGGAGCUGGAUCACAUUGAGAGCAUCUAUCAGCAGGAACAUGAUGUCUUGCUCACAAAAGACCAGACAGAAUGGGAGCAGAGCCUCAAGGAGAUGUGGGACCAGCAGCAAGAGAGGCUGGCGGAGAGGAAAAAGACAGUGGAGGAGUACGAAGCUAAAAUUCACGACCUGAUGAUGGAUCCGGAAUAUAAGUACGAUGCCGAGAGGGCCGACCACUUUGCUGACAUUCGGGUUCUGGAGAGGGAACAUCAGCAAAUGCUAGCCGACAGCAUGAUCAGCAAUGUCAACUACAUCAAAGACAAGCAUGACAGAGAGAUUUACAACUUAAGCCACAUGAAGAGUAGAAUCCUCAGUCUGCAGACGGAGCUGAAAAACCUGAAGUCCACCUGUGCGAGCAGCAAAAAACAGUCAGAGAAGCAGAGCAGUUGUCUGUCCAAUGACUACAAACGCAGCAUCGAGCAAUACCAGUGCGUGCAGCGGAGAAUCAGGCACUUUGCUGUCGCUGAUGCCAGACAAUUUGAGGAAACCUGGCGAAUGCUUGACAAGGAGGUGAGGCAACAAGCGGAGAAGGCUUUGCUAAUUGACUCCAUCAUUUACAAGCAGCACCUCGGCCUAGCCUGGGCGAGACCUCCAGGGGCCUCCGCCGUGGAUCUGUCAGGUCCAUGCAACCUUCGGAAACGAGCCGGCCCGGAACACGGCGGGGCUGGGAUGGACGAAGCGGCUGCAGCAUCGGAGGAGGAGGAGGAGGUGCCCUUGGAGACCAUGAAGGAACUCAUGGAGCUGCUGUGUGAUGAGUUGGACUUCCUCACAGAGGACAGACUCCAGCUGUUGGAAACCCUGGGCAAGAAGGAACGGAAUGUUGUGAAGCUGGAGGCUCUUCUCCAUGUUUUUGGCAUGGAAGAGGAGGAUAUACCCAAACUGGCUGACUUCCUGCUGAAGUACCAGCAGCGGCAGCCAGCUGAGGGCCGUUCUGCUGGUCCAGUUGAAUCCGGUGACAAGUCACAGGAAAGCGCCACCAGCUCUGCGUGUAAUCCUAACUACAUCCUGCCUGCUCUAAAAGACUUCCUGAAGCAUCACAGCCGCUUCAGGAGCCAAGCUUCUGGGCAGCCUCGCUACUGGAGCGCAGACAUGUGGGAUUCCUCAUCGGACGAAGCCUACUGGGAGAGUUUGGCCAGCGUCAUCACCGGGGACAAACUCAAAGUGUGGGAUGCGGCAGAGAGCAUACUGAAAAAGCACAUGACAGUUCUUACUGAGAUCUCAGAUUGCAUCCCUGAAAUUAAGAGCCUGGAACAGCAGAAUGCAGAACUUCGCAGGCUGCUGCAACGAUCUGUCAACCCAUGUGUAUGAGUAUUUGUGUUGCUUAGAAUUUGUCCUUUUAUGUUGGUGUGAACAUACAUAGUAUAGACAUAGCGACAAUCAAUGGCCACAAAAUUAGGUACAAAAUCCUGACACUGUAUUGUACCCAAGGUGUAGAAAACGAAUGAAAUUAUACACUGUAUACUGAAUAUAUAUACUGUAUACUGUUUUUUCCCCCCAAAUAUAUACAAAAGAAAAAACUAUUCACAUGUAACAUUAGAAUAUAAUGUGCUGCAGCGAUUUAUCACAUGAAUGUAUUUCAAUGGCUUGCUAGUUUGUAUAUAUUUUUAAAAAUCACCAUGAUAACUUCAUAUAGAUUUAACUAUAUUUUGGGGUAUUAUUAAUGUUGUAUAAUUGUUUGAAGAAAUACAUCGAAAUCAUGGACUUUAAUGCAUUAUCCAUCCAUCCACUGUCUUAACCACGUAUCCUCACUAGAGUCUUCAGUUAACCGAGCACGCAUGUUUUUGGAAUGUGCGAGGAAACCGGAGUACCCGGAGAAAACCCACGCAGGAAGCCAGAUUUGAACCCGGGAGCUCAGAAAUGUGUGGCGGAUGUGCGAACAAAAGUCGGCCACAGUGCCGCCGGAUUUAGUGCAUUCAUUUUGAUUAAUUAACUUCAUUGAAGUGGAAAUAAAAAGUAUACACACCCUU